AACAACAACAAGCAACUUUCCUUGUCGCAUGGCGUCACCGCAUGAAUCCCGCGAGCGCGAUUGGAAGGUGGACUUUCCGUAGCACGGGAUGGGUACCUCGCCCUCCCCUCCUCUCUCCCCUUCUCCUCCUUCCCCCCCUCCGACCUCUUCCUGCUCCAUCGCUCCAAUUGCGCGCAAAGCCCACCACAGCCAGACUGCAAAAUGGUAUCCUUUCGCGCCCUCUUCAGCGCCUCCGACGGUGCCCGCGGCGGCCGCAAUGCUAGGGAUGGAUUCAGCGAGUCCCUGCUCCCCCACCGCGCUCACAAGGGCGUGCACUCUGCUGUCGAUCCGAAGAGGGUCACGGCGAUUGCCCUACGGCUGAAGCAUCUUAUUGAGCACGCCGUGCCGUGUGAGCUCAAGGAAACGCAGAUCACGAAGCCGCACAGCGAGGUCAUCACUCAUGGCGUUAUCGAGCUGGCGACGGAAGCCGGUGGCGUCGAGGAUAGAGCUUGUGUGGUGUUUUGUCUGCUCAUUUGUUUGCGGUGGUUCAAGAGACAGGCCAUCCUGGAGAUGUGCGAUGCGGAUUUGAACGACCUACGUGGCGAGGCGUGUCAAGUCAUCGCGAAGGCCAUAAUCGAGACGAACGAAGAUCAAGACUAUGUCUUCCAGGAGAUCCUUCUCAAGCGGUACUCUAUUCUGCAGAACGGAAAGGAGUCGACUCCCAGCAAUGUGAUUGAGAAGGCGAUUGACCUGCACGCAACCAGAGUCAUCGGGUCUUCCGGUUUCCAGAAGUGUAUCCAGUGGCUCUGGAGAGGGUGGAUCGCGCAGGACGUCAAUAACCCUAUGCAGUUCUCCCUGUACAAGAACAUGGCCGAGAAGAACUUUUGGGUGCACUUCGAUCAUGACCGUAUCCGCGCCCCGAGGUAUCAGAAUAUGUUCCAAGUCUUCGUCAGCGUUCUGUAUCUUACGCUCUACACCAUUUCUAUCAACACCGUUAAUGCUCGUGGUGAUAUCGACGUCGAGGAAGCGGUCCUCUAUCUACUGACGCUCUCCUUCAUUGCCGACGAAUUCGGCAAGCUCUGGAAAGUCGGACGCCUUUACAUCUCUUUUUGGAACGUAUUCAAUACGACAUUGUAUGCACUUCUCACCAUAUCCUUCUCCUUCCGUAUGGUUGCUCUGGGUCACCCAAUGGACUCGGACGCCAGACGGGACUACAACAUACUUUCGUACAACUUCCUGGCGUCGGCCUCGCCGAUGAUCUGGUCGCGCAUGCUGCUGUAUCUCGACUCGAUCCGGUUCUUUGGCGCUAUGCUGGUCGUAUUGAAGGUUAUGAUGCUCGAGUCGUUGAUCUUCUUUGCGUUACUGUUUGUGGUCAUUUUGGGCUUCUUGCAAGGAUUUAUGGGCUUGGACAAUGCCGACAGCGUCAGGGAGGACACCUACUUCGUCCUCUCGGCCAUGACCAAAGCAAUUCUUCAAUCUCCAGAAUUCGAGGGCUUCGAAAAUUUUGGACACCCAUUCGGACUGAUCCUGUACUACCUAUUCACCUUCAUUGUGAUGGUAAUCCUGCUCAACAUCCUGAUUGCCCUCUAUGGCCAAGCCUACAGCGAUAUAACCGAAAACGCGGUGGACGAGUACCUUGCCCUCUUCGCACACAAAACCCUCCAAUUCGUCCGUGCCCCGGACGAAAACGUAUUCCUCCCGCCCUUCAACCUGGUCGAAAUAUUCGGCUUGAUAAUACCCUUCGAAUGGUGGAUGCCCAAGAAGGCCUACGCCAAGCUGAACGACAGAGUCAUGGCCGUCCUGUACUCGCCCUUCCUGCUAAUGAUCGCCUUGGCGGAGUCCCGCGAGGCCCGCAGGGUCGCCGCGAACCGUGCCGCCGGGAACCCGGACGACGAUGAGACCGAGGAGUGGGAGGAGCUGCAGGGCGAGGUGGACAUGGCUGCCAACGGAUGGGCCGAGAGGGUUACGCAGACGGUUCCAGACGUCGAGGAAGAUCGGUGUUGCCAGAUGGUGCGCGCACUCGCGAAGGAAGUCGAGGAGCUCAAGAAAAUGAUUGAAGGCAAGGAGGCGAGGCAGGCAGGAGAGGGCGAGAGGGAGCUGUUGGCUCUGGAGGAGGCCGAGGAGUAGCUUUGGAGGGAGCAUGGGCGAUUUGACGAACAUAUGAUAUCAUGUCUUUACCUGUUAGUUGUGUGCGAGUAGUAAAAUGGCGACGAAUACACGAUGGUUCGCUGUUGCUAGCUGUGUUGAGGGGGCUGGGUGGUCUUUGGAAUCAGAUUUUGUGUUGGUGGUUGA